AUGACGGUGGAAUGGUGUUUAGGAUUCAGGCUACAACCAAGGCAAAUGGGUAUGACAAAGACGGGGGCAGUUAAUGAGGUUGACAAGAGAAAAAUAAAAAAUGAGAGAGAAGGAAGGGUAAGAGAGAGUAGCCCAUGGGAGAAGAUGAGGAGGGAGAUUGGAGCAGAAGAACAGAAAUUGAGUGGGAAAGAGGACAACGAAGAUCCAUUAAAAGAAAUGGAUGCUGUAGUUGGAGUAUUAGCAGAUUACACAAUUAAACCCAUUUUACAUCAACUAGAUUACCUCUUUCACUACAAAGGAAAUAUUAAGGAAGUUGAAAAGAAACUUGGAAUUCUUCGGACUACUGAACGUACCGUACAAAUUUUGGUUAAUCAGGAUAAAGGCAAAGGGAAUGCAAUCUUUGAUGGAGUUACCAACUGGUUGGACAAUGUGAAAAAUGUAUUGGACAUGGCACAACAAAAUGAAGCACCUAAUCCCUCCUGCUUUAAUUGUGUCCAACGACAUCAGUUAUCGAGAAAAGCAAAGAAGAGGUUGGAAGAUAUUAAUGAACUCAUAAAUGAAGGAAGGCAGUUUAACAAAGAUAAUGUGGGUUAUCCUGUACCUUCUCCAGAUACUAGUUCUUCUACUCUCCCUGCAGAUUAUCAAUUUUUUGAGUCAAGAACUUCAAUGGCUGAAAAAAUAAAGGAUGCACUUGCAAAUCCUAAUGUCAACAAGGUUGGAGUAUGUGGCAUGGGAGGUGUUGGAAAAACUACGUUGUUGAAGGAAGUUAAGAAGUUAGUGUUGGAAAACAAAUUGUUUGAUCGAGUGAUUCAGGUGGAAGUAGGUCAAUCCAAGAGUGUAAUCCAUAUUCAAGAAGAAAUUAGAGCUAAACUAAAUAUGGAAUAUUUAAAUAUGGAGUUUGAGGAGGUAAGAACAUCUCGCCUACAAACUCAUAUUGCUGAGAAGAAAGAGAAUAUCUUGUUUAUGUUGGAUGAUUUGUGGAAGGAAUAUGAUGUUGAAAAAGAGUUUGGAAUUCCUUACCGUUCAGACUCAAGGAUAGAAGGGUGUAAGAUACUUAUGACAAGUCGACGUCGAGAUUUAUUUACAAAUCAAAUGAAUAUAGAAAAAUUGUUUGAGGUGAAUUCUCUAACUAAAGAAGAGUCUUGGAAGUUUUUUAGCAAUAUAAUUGGUGAUGAGUUUGUCGAAGAUGGAUACAUGAAACAAAUAGCGAAGUAUGUGAUAAAUGAAUGUGGAGGGUUACCAAUUGCACUUAAAAUUCUAGGGAAAACACUGAAGGGAAGGAGAGUAGAGAUAUGGAAGGAUGCUUUGAAGAAAUUGAAAAAUCCUGUUGUAGUGGAUAUUCACGGAGUGAGCGACCAGUUGUAUUCUUGUCUCCAAUUCAGCUACGAUUCGAUAGAAAAUGAAGCUAAGUUACUAUUGCUACUAUGUAGUGUAUUUCCAGAUGAUCACAGGAUUUAUGUGGACGAUUUGCAAAAGUAUGCUAUGGGUAUGGGAUUGCUAAAUCAAACAAAUACUUGGGAAGAUGCUAAGAAUAGGGUAAUUAAGUUGGUUGAUGAUCUUAAAUCUUCUUAUUUACUUCUAGCGCCCCCUGAAUGGGAUGAUAAUUAUGUUAAAAUGCAUGAUGUGGUCCACGAUUUUGCGAAAUAUAUUGCAUCAAAGAUAGAUAAGAUGACGUCAUUUACCUAUGGAAAUGGACAAAGAGCAUGGGAAGAAGAUAAUAGACAUGGAUCCUAUAAUGCAAUCUAUGUAGAUCCCACGACAUUUCUCAACCUUCCCCCAAAGUUGGAGUUUCCAAACCUCCAAUUGUUUAUAUUAAUUAGCAAUGGACUGGGUCCACGACCCACUAUUCAAAAUUUGGAGACUGUUUUUGAAGGAAUGAAAGAGCUUCGAGUUUUAGAUGUGAGAAUGUGGUAUUUUGAACCGUCAUUAAUCUACUCGUUAAAGAACCUUCGAGUAUUAUGCUUGUCACAUUGUGAUUCUAAUGAUAUUGAUGCAAUUGGUGAGCUAAAGAGAUUGAAAAUUUUGGAGAUUCAUUUCUGCAGAGGGAUCCAAGAGUUUCCUGAGUGUACGAGUAAAUUAACACAACUUAAGGUGCUACAAGUUUCUCAUUGUAUGAACUUGAAAGUGAUUCAUCCCAACAUUAUUUCAAAGAUGACAAGAUUGGAAGAUUUGAGUUUUUCCCAUAGCUUCGAUGGAUGGGGAGAGGAAGUAUGGUACAAGCAAAAAUUGAUUAGAAAUGCCAAACUUUCAGAAUUGAAUUGUCUUACGCAUCUUGUCCAUUUAGAGUUAUGUAAUCUGAAGAAUGUUGAGAUUUUGUCAAAUGAGUUGAGUUUAGAAAGUACACAGAAAUUAGAAACAUGUCGGAUUUUUGUUGGUGAUGAACGUUGGAACAUCCACUACAACGACAGGAAUAACCCCUACAACAGGAAGGACAAGAGAUACACAACAGCCUUGAAUCUUUAUAUAGACUCACCCAUUGAUUCAAUUGGUGGAGUGUUCCAAAUACUAUUGCAAAAAUGUGAGAAAUUGGUUUUACGAGAUUCAGUGGGUUUUACAAUGCUUCUUUGCAAUACAUAUGCAAAUUCUUGUUAUCCCCUUUUAAAGCAUCUUGAAAUUGAUUAUCCUCCUGCAAUUAUUGGAAAUAUCAGUCCACUUAAUUUUGAUCUUCAGGUUGCAUUUCCUCAAUUGAAAAGCUUAUAUAUUGGAGGAAGAAACAAUUUUGAGACAUUGUGGCGUAAUAAUGGGCUAACUGAAAAUUAUUUUAGCAAACUCGAACGCAUAUUUAUUGAAGGUUGCAACAAAUUUACAUAUGUAUUUCCUUCACGUAUGGUAAGAUCACUUGUUUUCUUAAAUAGAUUAGUAGUCCGUUAUUGUGAGUUAGUAGAAAGGAUCUUUGAGAUUGAAGAAUCCACCAGUAUUAUUGUCAACCAAGAUGUGCCAUUGACAAUUUUAGAGUUAUCCUCUCUCCCGAACUUAAAGUAUGUGUGGAAUAACGAUCCAGCCCUUGAACUUCUAACAUUUCCAAAUCUAAAGAAAGUCAAGGUUGAGGAGUGUCCUCAGCUUAAAACUCUAUUUCCAGUUUCUUUCAUCAAUCAUAUGAAGGAAUUUGAAGAAUUAGACUGUGUUGGGGAAACUGAAAUAUUUGGAGAGACCGACGAAGCCUCACAGCUGGUGUCCCCUCAGAUUUUCCCAAGCUUAAGAUAUUUGACAGUACACUACACAUUGAUGAAAAGAAGAAGCUUUUGGUUUAGGCCAGAGUCAUUUUCCGAACUCCUAACUCUCCGUUUGAUUGGUUCGGAAGAUGACGACAUGGUUAGUUUGCCAUUCGAAAUGAGUGAAUCUGCAGUAUGGAGAUCAGUUGUUAGACAUUUACAAAUUGAAAAUGCCUUUGAAUGGGUAAAAAUAUUCCGAAAUGGAGAAGAAAACAACCAGAACUAUCAUGCUAGUAGUAGUGGUGGUGCGAAAUUGAAGCAUUUAUGUUUGUAUAAUCUUCCUAAGCUUACACACAUUUGGGAGGACAGCAUUGAUCAAAUGACGGCCACAAGCUGCUUCGUUGAUAUCUUGGAAUCUAUCGUUGUGGAUAGAUGUGAUAAUUUGAAGUGUUUACUGCCAUCAUCAAUCACAUUCUCCAACUUGACAUUUCUGGAUGUUGAAAGAUGCAAUGGAAUGAUGAAUUUGUUUGGCUCUUCAGUGGCAAAAAAUCUAGUGAAUCUCCGGGAAAUGUGGAUAAAUGAAUGUACAGAAAUGAGGUCUAUAGUUGUACAGCCAAAAGGAAAAGAAGAGGGUGAAGAAAUUAUUUUCGAUAAACUGAAUGAAUUGAAGUUGUCUAAUUUAACAAGACUGGCCAGUUUUCACUCUGAAAAAUGCGUGCUUAAGUUUCCAAGUUUAGAGAAAUUGAAAAUAAGUGGAUGCCCUGAAAUGAAGACAUUUUCAUAUGGAAUAAUAAGCACGCCCAAGUUGUCACAUGUGGAGGGAGAAGGAAAUAAGGUCUCAGUAUCGCUAGCACAAGGAUUAAAUGUCAUUAUUGAAGACAUGUGGAAUGAUGAAAUUGUGAGAAGCAUCAGAUACUUGUAUCAGGAAAAGCUUGAGGAUGAUUACGAAGAAGAAAAUUUUCUAAGUGUUGUGGAUGAUGCCCUCGGGUAG